CGCCGCAGCUGUGAUUCGAUGUCGUUAUGAUAGUAUUUCGACGGAACUGCGCCACGACAUGCUUCCCUGUCGCACCUGCUUUCAGCAUUGGCCAAAUCUUUUUGACAGAUUGAGCAGCAAUAGUACACACUGGGAUGUGAGUCCCGCACGAACAUCUCUUCGAAAAACUCCUUCAAUUUGUACUUAGAUUUGGGGCUGUCAUUAGGCUGCGGUAAAAGCAGAUCGAUCAGUUUAAGAAGAUGUUCAGAGGCUAUCGAUGAGAGAUUAUGCCGAAUCACAAACAUCUCGGCAAGUGUAUAACAUACGUUCUUUGUGAUCGGAGACCCACUGUAUAACUCAGGUCCCGACUUCAAAAAGUCCCUUUCAAAGGAAAGGUCCUCCUCUCCUGAAUCCCACCACCAGUCUGAUUCCUCACUGUCCAUCUCUCCACUUUUGCUGGAUUCCUCAUCAAUUUCAAAGAAGUCGGACACCACCUGAUAGUCGCUUUCACCUUCACCCGCUGUUUCAACACUUUCGAUUGUGUCGGAGGCCACGUCAUUGCUAUUGCUUUCAAAAUAUUCACCUUCACUCUUGUCACCUUCACUCUUGUCACCUUCACUCUUGUCACCUUCACUCUUCUCACCUUCACUCUUCUCACCUUCACUCUUCUCACCUUCAUCACCCGAUUGAAAGACGUCUGAUAAUAGCUCAUCACUGUUUGACGUCGGAGAGGCGCCAACGAGGCGGCCCGCUGUUGGGUUGGGAGUUGGAGCGGCAUUGAGAUAUGAUGAUGAUGGCGAAGAGGAAGUUUCACCAGCGGGACUGUCCACGCGUUCGUCCUCGGAAUCAGAGUCUAAGUCGCCGUCGUAAUUUGGAGCAUUGCUGGGGCCUGGCACUGAAACGGCCGCUCUUUGUAACUGUUCCACAUUCCUCUUCCGUUGAGUCUCUUUUCGUCUCCUCUUGGUUCGUGAAGGGCAUUCUAGAGCAGGAUCUUGCAUGUAGCGCAUGUAACCGGGCCUAUUCGGUAAAGACAUUACUAAAUCGAUGCCGCGAAUGGCCCGUUUGCAACGUCAGACCGGUCUGAGACUGCUCAACCAAGUACAUCAGGAAACUUUCGGCCCGUUUAAUAUGACUUUUCACACAGAGGGAAGGACCCCAGCAGGAAAGAAUCCUGUCGUGCCCCGAAUGAGUAAUGGUGUAUCUAAUUGCUAACAGCCACAGUAGGCGAGUGUCACGCAAACAUGAGCUGACCCAACCAAGGCGCAAUCCCACCGUCUCACAAGACGGAAGGAUGCCGACGCUUUCAGAACCGUUUCUUGAAUUACGUAAGACCCUUCCAAAUUACGCGAAAUCAAAAUAGGCUGCCUUCACCCUUACAGAAAAUGGUCAUGUCGGCUUUCAAUAAGAACAAUGCGCCACAUCGCAGUUUAAUUAAUGAUCGUCUGAAAGAUAGACGGUAUUUUAUUUAUUUUCAUAACUUCCAACUGAGCGCAACUGUCCGGCAUUUGCACUGGUGGCAUAUGGUGUGGAUUAGUUUGAAGACAUUGCGCUUGCGCGAAAACUUUUAUUGCCCUUUUCAUACCGAUCAUUUCUUCUGGCCGUCGAAGUUUUUCUCCCGCUAUCCGCUCGCUGCUCAAGUUUUUCAACAUUCAUAUAGUAUCGUUUGAACAUGGAGAAGUGGGCCGUUGUCCUCUAUGAAGUGGACUUGUCGUACGUGGCCGUUCCUGUGUCGUACAUCCUGCCCCCUGCCGAAAACGACAAGGACUUCGGCGAGUUCAACAUCUUGGCUAAGUGGCUGGAACCAGCCGACUUAAGGAACCCCAAACCUAGAGCAGAAAGGAAAACUCACCUCCUCCGGGCGAUGGAGAUAAAUAGAGGCAAUGAGAAGGCCAUGAAAGCUGAGGCACUUCGCCUUGGUCACAACAUGCAAAAGGUCCAGGAGGAGGAAAACCUGGAGACUGGCACCGGCAGGAUAAGAAAGCCUUCCCAGAAAAAGUUGCUUUCCUUGGAUAACAACGGAUCUGACGAUGAGGGCGCGUCCCCCCAGGAGAGCAAAGGGAAAAAGAAGAAAGGUAAGAAGAUUGACAAGGCGAAACCAGGAAAAGACGAGAAGACAGAUGGAGAGAAGAAAGAUGGAAAGAUGGCUACAGAUAGAAGGAACAAGGCAGGUAUGGGGAAGAAGCAAGGAAAUGGAGGCGAGAAGACAGAUGGAGAGAACACAGAUGAAGAGAAGACUGAAGAGAACAGUGAACAGAUUAAAGACGGUGCAGGUUCGACUACUGUUCGGAAGCCGGCGGUCAAGACAACAGGAGGAAAGAGAAAGAAAGGAAGUGAAACCUUCGGAAAUGUCGAGACGCUGAGCGCCGAAAAGAGGCGCAAAAUCAAAGCCCAGAUGGACCAGGACAGGGAAGAAACCAUGAAUAUCGUGUCUGACUUGGCCAAUGGAGACAUUGCUGGUGAGCCGCAACUGAAAGAAGGGAACCAUUCCUUGAAGGAAAAACAGCCCGUGAAGGAAAAAAAGACCACGGAGGAACAGUCGCUUGCUACACUUCAAGAUCUUCAAGAUGCAGUUCGAGAGGCAACCCGGGAAAUGAAGGAGUUCGGCCCCAAACUUGCCCUCAUAGAGGGCAAGUUGGAUAAGCUCGACACGCUGGAGAGAAAGCUGGACUGGCUCACCGACAAGGUGAAGAAGCCGAAGAGCAAGGGCACGCCAAGUGCGGCCAGGUCGGCACCCCCCUCCACCCCAGGGACUGGAAGAGGGGACCUGGAGCCACCGUCCAGUAGAGGGGACCUGCAGUCGCCAGGCGGUAGUAGAGGGGACCUGCAGUCGCCAGGCGGUAGUAGAGGGGACCUGCAGUCGCCAGGCGGUAGUAGAGGGGACCUGCAGUCGCCAGGCGGUAGUAGAGGGGACCUGCAGUCGCCAGGCGGUAGUAGAGGGGACCUGCAGUCGCCAGCCGGUAGUAGAGGGGACCUGCAGUCGCCAGCCGGCAGUAGAGGGGACCUGGAGUCACCAUCCAGUAGUAGAGGGGACCUGGAGUCACCAUUCGGGAGCCGGGGCUUGAUAGGAUGUGCUGCUUUGGGUGGGGCGAUCAGUGGGGCUCUCCAUUCCGUAAACGAGCCCGACUUGCAGGAGAUCGGCGCCUCACCCACACAGCACCCUUUCGAGUCCCGGUCCUUCACCGACAUGGACUCUCAGGACAGUCCCGGCAGCAGUGCCGCCACGCAGCCCAACAGCCAGCCAAUGGUUCUCAUCGGGGCUCCUGCCAGGCAGGUGCGGGUGCCGGCCGAAGCGGUGGCCAAGGCAGAGGAAUGCCUGGCCGGUGGCAUGAGCAAGUUCACAAGGACUGGGAAACUACCACAGGGCGUGACGACCCCGCUUCUCGGCGCCCUGUUCACCAGGAAACAGCUCGCCGAGAGCAGUGCGCUGGGUGACAGUGACUAUCCAGCACUGGACCAUAACAAAGUCCAGGCCAUCUUUGAAUGGGUGGAAGUGAAAGCCGGGAAGAGAGUGGGAGACUCCAUCUUCAGGAGGCAACUGGGAUCGCUGAUAAGCAACAGGUGUCGCCACGUUCGGAACAAGGACAAGCCCUGAGCAAGGAGUCCCAGUAGUCCAGGAGGAGAUACUGGAAAAAUGUCGUACUUAAAUGUCGUAAUUAAAGUUCACUAUCAUAUAUGUAACUGCACAUACUAAUUUCUAUCAUGCACAUUGUUGUAUUUAUAUGCACUUCUGUUUUUUUAGUAUUUAAGAGCAAAUGUGUUUACCUGUGUGGUUUGCAGAAAUGAUUUGUUUAUAGAAAGGGGGUAGUUUGCCAAUAUAUUUUUCACCAUUGUAAUUCAUUUUGAAUACUUGGUCUAUACUUACCAUGGGGUGGAACGCAUCUGGGCGUAACUACUAAUUAGUGAUUCUACCCCCUUACCACCCCAAAUAAAAUAUUUAAAA